AUGGCGGGCUCUUUCCUCCCACCGAGGCUAAUUGCAGAUGGAUACGUCAACCAGUACUUUCAAACCUCGCAUAACCUCUACCCGGUGUUGGAAAAAGCAUCAUUCAUAGGACGCUAUGAGCAUUUCUGGGGAGGUCUUCCAACUGAGGGACAAGGCUUUGAACUCUGGAUCGCGGUGCUGUACAUGGUAAUGGCUCUUGGCCAUCAAUGCAGUACCAUUGACCCAGAUCCCUCCGUCAGAACGCGGGCUCUUGAAUGCACAGAUGGCGAAAUGUGCUUUCUCAUGGCCAGGUCAACAUUUGCUGACGUACCCUUUCGUGGUGGAGAUUUGUCGGCAGCGACCAGCAUGUUUCUGGGCUUCAUUUGGUUGUAUAAUCAACAGCGUUUUCACGAGUCUUAUGCCAUUCUUGGUGCCGCCGCUCGUGUCGGAUAUGCCAUCGGCUUACAUCGACAACCAAGUCAACUUGAGAAUCCAAAAGUUGCAACUAUGAAAACCUUGUGGUGGUGUCUUUUCAUAUAUGAAACUGAACUUGCCACAUUCUCUGGACGCCCAUGCGCAAUACAACCGCGUGAGGUUGACGUGGAGCCAUUUCCUCUUGACACUUCACCUACUGAUCUGCAGUACAUUGAGACCAUGAGGCAAUUUUCGCAUAUGACAUGGGAUGCCUAUGAGAAGGUGUACAGUCUGUCAUAUAGGCACAUGACAAUAGGUGACAGGAUUGAUGAACUCCGAAAACACGAUGGAGUUUUCGUGAGCUGGUACGAUUCAUGGCUGCAUGAGUCUUCCUGGUCUCGAGAGCCUUAUGGUUUGAUCCUGAGAUUGCGGUAUCUAAACAUUCGAAUCCUUUUGCACCGUGCCUUUCUUAACCUGACAAUAUUGAGAACCAAGAAAGGGAGAGACUCACGGCAAGAAUUGAUCUCGGCGGCAGCAUCCUGCGUCAAAAUGGCAUUGUCGUUCGUUACAAUAACGACCGAGUCGAUUCACAUCAGUAGCAGUGGUAUCAUUCAAGCUGCACUAUUCCAUGUGAUUGGAUACCUGUGGAAUGCAACGAUGACAUUACUCCUCUAUGCCAAGAAUCGAUCGAUACAUGCCGUUCUGAGCGAGAAAGGGGUCCAGUAUCAGGAAGUGGUUGCACGGAUAGAGCUGGCUAUCGAGUUCUUCGCCACUCACCAGGACGGAUCCUCAACCGCACAGACUGCAGCCCGAAAAAUCACACUCCUGGUGGGCAAACUCCAGGACAGUCAGCGUGGCUCCCAAAGUCUGUCUCCCGAGACGUCUACUUUCAUGGCCGCACCCGGGUUGGAAUCUCCAGAUCAGCCACUUGAAUUUCUUUCCGAGCUAAACGACCCAGGAUUCAUAUUUUCUGACAAUUCAUUCCCGACUAUCUUUGGUCUGAGCCCUAGCCCAAUUUUCACGAGAGGUGAAAACACGGAAAUACUCAGAACUGACUGGCCUGCUCAAGAUGAUGCUCCACCAUUUUAUGAGGCGUUUGGUUAA